AGAAGAAGAAGAAGAAGAAGAAGGAGAAGGAGAAGAAGAAGAAGAAGGAGAAGAAGGAGAAGAAGAAGAAGAAGUUGUUGUAGUAGUAGUUGGCGCUUCGUUUCAGCUCGUUAUUGUUUCUGUUGCAGCUUUUACUUUAGGCUAGUAUGGCGUACCAGUUGUACAGAAACACGACGUUAGGAAAUAGCCUGCAGGAGAGCCUGGACGAGCUCAUUCAAACGCAGCAGAUCACGCCUCAGUUGGCUCUGCAGGUUCUUCUUCAGUUUGACAAGGCCAUCAACACGGCGCUGGCCAACCGUGUUCGCAACCGGGUCAACUUCAAGGGUUCGCUGAACACGUAUCGCUUUUGCGAUAAUGUAUGGACGUUUGUGUUGAACGACGUGGAGUUCAGAGAGGUCACUGACCUUGUCAAGGUAGACAAGGUCAAGAUUGUGGCAUGUGACGGAAAGAAUUCUGGCUCCAAUGCUGCUGAGUGACCACCCAAAGUGACACUCGGGUGUACAUACGCGUAGGAUUCGUGCGGACGUGUUUGUGUCUGUACGCGUCCAUUUUUCUGACUAUUAUUCAACCCAAAUUCACAUUUCUUUCUAAUGGCUGAAGACUGGUGCUCUGUGAUCCUGCAUAUUUUGGUAUCGAUCUGAUACAGAGUAAAUACAAGCCCCUGGUUGCCGAUAAAUUUCAAUAAUAAAAGUCAAUGUAUCAAACUGCCAAA